AAAGUGGGUGGGGUUGGGGGGGGUAAUGUGGCUCCGUUUGCACCGCACCCCUUCUCAGGUGAGCAACUGGUGUCCGACAAGGGCCGCACGCAGGGUGACCCGUGCGCCCGUUCGCCCUGCUCUGCGGAGGCGCCACGCCCCCCUCCGUUACCAUGGCAACGGGGAAGCGGAGAGUGGAGCAGACCGGAGGAGGUCGGUCGGUCUUGUGGAGCGCGUUUCCCGAGCGCCGAGUCAAGCACGGCCCCCUGGACCGUCCCUCCCCUCCCCCCCUUUAAAGCAGCUCUCCGCGGGCAGCGACAGAAGGAUCGCGAUCCGGCGGGACACAGGAUCCGGACCGAGGAGCCGCUUCAGUCCUUCCACCUCACCUCACCUCACCUCACCUGCCUGCGAACAUGGACCCUGCUGUGUGGACAGUGUGUGUGGUUCUCUUGAGCUCGUGCAGUGUGCUGGGGUCCAACAUCUGCACGUCCCGAGGGGUGAGCACGUGCAAACAGUGCCUGGCGGUGCAUCCCAGCUGCGCCUGGUGCUUCCAGGAGAGCUUUGGCCAAGGAGGGGCCGCUUCGUCCCGCUGCGACCUGAAGAAGAACCUCUUGGCUGCGGGAUGCGAGGCGCGGGCGAUGGAGUCCCCGUCCAGCCGGCUGCAGGUACUGCAGGAUGUCCCGCUGAGCGAAAGGGCCUCGGGCGCCACUGCCGACGUCACGCAGAUACGGCCGCAGAAGCUGCAGCUCACCCUGAGACCAGAUGAUGCCAAGCAGUUCACGGUGAAGGUGCGCCAGGUAGAGGACUACCCUGUGGACCUGUACUACCUGAUGGACCUGUCCUACUCCAUGAAGGAUGACCUGGUGCGCCUGCGCACGCUCGGCAACGGUCUCGCCGAGGCCAUGGGCCGCACCACCAGCAACCUGCGCAUGGGCUUCGGGGCCUUUGUGGACAAGCCCCUGUCCCCCUACAUGUACAUCACGCCCCCAGGGGCUGUGGAGAACCCCUGCAUCAGCAUCGGGACCAUCUGCCUGCCGCAGUUCGGCUACAAACACGUGCUGUCGCUGACGGAGGAGGUGAGCCGCUUCACGGAGGAGGUGAAGAAGCAGCGCGUGUCGCGGAACAGGGACGCCCCCGAAGGCGGCUUCGACGCCAUCGUCCAGGCGGCCGUCUGCAAGGAGAAGAUCGGCUGGCGGCAGGGCGCCUCCCACCUGCUGGUGUUUACCACCGACGCCAAGACGCACGUGGCUCUGGACGGACGCCUCGCGGGCAUCGUGCAGCCCAACGACGGGCAGUGCCACGUGGGCAGCGACAACAGCUAUAACAUGUCUACGACGCUGGACUACCCCUCGCUGGCCCUCAUAAAUGAAAAAAUGUCCGAGAACAACAUCAACCUGAUCUUUGCCGUGACCAGCCACGUGGUGCCGCUGUACCAGAACUACAGCGAGCUCAUUCCAGGAACCACAGUGGGCACGCUGUCGGACGACUCGGGAAACGUGAUCCAGCUCAUUCUAGACGCCUACGCGAAAAUCCGCUCUAAGGUGGAGCUGGAGCUGCUGGACGUCCCGGAGGAGCUGUCUCUGUCCUUCAAUGCCACCUGCCUCAACGGUGAGGUCAUCCCCGGCCUCAAGUCGUGCUCCGGGCUCAAGAUCGGCGACACCGUGUCCUUCAGCGUGGAGGCGAGGGCGCGGGGCUGUCCCAAGGACACGCGCAAGACCUUCGCCCUCAAGCCGGUGGGCUUCAAGGACUCGCUGGAGAUCACCGUGGACUUCGAGUGCGACUGCAAGUGCCAGGAGCAGGCCCAGCCCGACAGCCCCGUGUGCAACCACGGCAACGGCACGUACGCGUGCGGCAUCUGCCAGUGCCACGCGGGCCGCCUGGGCCCCCGGUGCGAGUGCGCCGAGGGCGACUACAACCCCGCGGCGCAGGACCACUGCAGCUCGGGCCCCGACGCGCCCAUCUGCAGCGGGCGCGGCGACUGCGUGUGCGGCCAGUGCGUGUGCCACAGCAGCGACUUCGGAAAGGUGUGGGGCAAGCGGUGCGAGUGCGACGACUUCAACUGCCUGCGCUACAAGGGAGAGCUGUGCUCAGGUCACGGCUUGUGCUCCUGCGGGUUUUGCCAGUGCAACCCGGAGUGGAAGGGGGAAAACUGCAACUGCUCGACGCGAACCGACACCUGCAUGUCCAGCCUGGGUCUGCUGUGCAGCGGGCGGGGCCAGUGCGUGUGCGGCAGCUGCGAGUGCACCCAGCCCGGCGCCUACGGGGCCACCUGCGACAAGUGCCCCACCUGCCCCGACGCCUGCACCAUCAAGAAGGAGUGUGUGGAGUGCAGACACUUCAAACGGGGGAAGCUCUUCGAGGAGCAGACCUGCGCACGCAUCUGCAGGGACGACAUCCAGCUGGUGGACGACCUGGUCUUCCAUGACAAGAACGCGGUGAAUUGCACCUACAAAGACGAGAACGACUGCGUGGAGCGCUUCCAGUACUACGAGGACGCCAGCGGCAAGUCCGUUCUGUUUGUGGUCAAAGAGCCGGACUGCCCCAAGGGCCCCGACAUCCUGGUGGUGCUGUUGUCGGUGGCCGGAGCCAUCCUCAUCCUGGGCCUGGCCGCCCUGCUCGUCUGGAAGCUGCUGGUCACCAUACACGACCGGCGCGAGUUUGCCAAGUUUGAGGAGGAGCGCAGCCGCGCCAAGUGGGACGCGGGCAACAAUCCGCUGUACAAAGGAGCCACGUCCACCUUCACGAACGUGACGUACCGCGGCAAGGACUGACGGCAGCGCCUCGGACCUCGGCAGCUCCGCAGCUCGGGGGUCUGAGAAAGGAGAAGGGCCCCGGACUGCGUGUGUGUGCGUGUGCGUGUGCUUGAGUGCGCGUGUGUGUGUGCGUUUUUGUGCAGACUCUACUGUCAGUAGACAGGAUAAUGAAAUGUUUUUAUGUGGCUGUAAAUAUGUAGACAAGUAUAAAGGGCGACAGGACACACAUGGACUGUAAUGAUGGGUCUGGAUCCCCUCCCACCCCCGUUUCAAUUUAACUUCCCCUGUGGUUUCCACGCAAUGUCGUUGUGCCUGUGGCUGCAGGGAGGAGAGGCUCGCCCCGUGUGUCUUCCGUGUGUCCUCCGUUGCCCAUCUGGAAGUGUCUUCGCCGCCAUGUGCCGCUCGCCGGCACCAGAAAAGCGCUUUGAGAUGUUUGUGCAAAGACUUUUCCGCCCGCGCUUCGGGCGACGCGUCUUACCGCUGCCUUCGGCGAGGGCCCUUGGCGCAGCGCUUGUGGGUCGGGUUGUGUCAAUGAUGUAGAAGAACGCGGCACAGCGAUCAGCGGCGCGGCGCUUGUCCGCUGACAUUGGGACCUCGUGGCCCAUGAUGAUAAAGCUCACGGUGAAAGGGACGGGGCAUCUUUAUCGCGCUCGGUGACCGGCAUCACAGAAAAGAAGGCCUGUACAAGUUUCCUCUUUUCAGCCCCUGAUCGGGACGUAAUCGAUGCAAGACGUGAUUUCAAGAGACGCCUCUGAGGGACUGGAACUCAGAAAGUGACCUGCGACGACGUAGUGAAAUACCGCACAAAGCGCUGGCACUUGAGCGCGUUUCGCUCGUGUUGCGUGUUCCGUGCCGUGAGCGUUCGGCGCUCGAGUGCCAGCCGUGCUAAAUAAAGUCGUCCUGCAUCCCUGAUAGAUGACUUUUGACUUUCUUAAUGGGCGUAUCUCGAAGCAGCGCCGGGAGUGGAUCUGACACGCAGGAAGCGUGCAGGACGGAGCGGAGAUGGGACUGUUUCCGGACCUGUUACUUGCUCGCCGCGCUCGAGCGUCGAUUCAUGACAACAUAAAGAACUAAAGAGUUUGGUCAUAAUAAUACAAAGCGUCCCUGCGAACCGCUCAAAGCAGCGCCACGGCCGCAGCAGGGAAGGAGUUAAAAUUUUCCAUGUUUUUCGCCACAUGCGGCAGUGCGAGGAGAGCAAGACUGUGCUUUUAGAAAUGUAGCAAUUCAUCACUUUCACGUUUGCUUGGUUUUUAUACCGUUUUGCAUAUUUUUGCCUUCUCUCAAGGGCUUUCUCUUCUGACCCAAACACUGAACAGCACACAAGAAUUGUUUGCAGUAUUGCAACCAUCGCAGGUGAAUAAAAGUGAAAGGGAAUGUUAGA